AUGGUCUUGAUAAAGCUCUCAAUUGUCCUUGCUGUCCUUUUUAGCAUUUCAUCAGGCAAGGUAUUUACUCCUUAUAUUCGAUGGAUCUUGAAUACUAAUGGGGUAAAUUCAGGGGAUAAUACUAAAAUUAAGGAUUCACUAGGUGGAAAUCUUGUCUUGUAUGAGAAGAACAGCAAUCCUAUCUCGGCUUCCUGUGGAUCCACUGAUAUGUCAUCGUUAGAAUUACUUGGAGACUUCUCAACUUUGUCUUUAAGUGAAGUUGCGAUAGGCAUUUGGUUUUUUCAAUCUGAUGAUACAAGUAGUGAUAAAUACCCUUUUAGUUUUAUCCAUGACAUGAAUAGCUAUGGAAAAGAUUUUUCAGUGAGAUCUGAUACUGGAAGUUAUUAUGCUUUCUUUCAAGAUGACAAUUCCAACCAAAACAAUGAUGAUGACAUGACUAUAUCCGACGUUCUCAGUAAUUUUUAUUCAGAUCAAUGGGUUUUCAUUACAUUUUAUUGGACUGGCGCAGCAGGAGAUAUUACAUGGGACAUUUACUUAAAAACUCAGAUUUUUAACAAGAAAGGCUCAAAUCCAGUAUAUGUGAUGCCAACCAUCAUCAAUCUUGGAUCAUUUACUGGAUUUAUUUAUGAGGUAAUUGUUUGUAAAAGUGCUUCAUUUAGUGGAAGUGUGAUUCCAUAUGCAAUUACAUUGGCGGAUGAUGCAGGAACUAAUUACAUAGCGAUAUCAACAACAGCUUGCUCAGCAAGCUGCACUAGUGAUUGCCACCCUAAAUAUGGAUGCUUAAGCAGCAGUGAUUGCCAAUGCCCAGUAGCUUGUUCUAGUUGUGCAAGUGGGGUAUGUCAAGGCUGUACAGAAACGUACCGAACUCAAAGCACUGAUUGCUGUAAUUUUUAUUUAGUAUGCUUUGAAAACUGUCCUUCAUGCGAUUCUAACACUGUUUGUAAUCAUUGCGAUGCAGGUUAUUUCCUGAAAACUGAUAGCGACUCUAAUUUACGCUGCUUCUGUAAGAUUUAUGUAGCUUGCGCUAGUUCUUGUCACGAUUGCAUUGAUGGAGAGUGCUACCAAUGUGCUGAUUUUGUGGUUCAAGAUUCAGGAGCUUGCAGACUGGACUCAGUGGGAUUCCAAAUAAGCUUCAGCUAUCCAAAUAUUAUUAUUGAAUUUGCUAAUCCUCUGAAAAGUGCUCUUACUAAGGACAAUUUCAGCGCUCUGGAUAAAAAUGACAAUAUAAUCGAUAUAACGAAUUGGGUAAUCGACUCAUCUUCGACACUGUCUAUAACUGUUAUAAAGACUGAAAACGUAAAAGACAGCGACCUUCCAAUUACUGUUGACUUCUCAUUCGGCGCAGGCACUUAA